AACUUAGUUAUAUAUUAAGACCCUUAAAAUGGCAACUGUAACCGAGACGGUGAACCAGCAGAUCCCGAAUCCAAUUGACGACACUUCAGGCGCGUCAUCAAACUCAACUACGUCACCAGGCAAUGACGUCAGACCGUGGGUGCAUGACGUCAAACGGGAACCCCCAGAAACUAAUUGCUACCAACAGCACGCCACAAGUAGCAAUAUACCAGAACAGCCAUAUCAUCACGGACUUUUUCCUAUGAACAGUUUCAACGCUCAGUACAAUAACAACAACCAAAAACCCGCUGUAACACCGGAAAAUGGCCGAGGUUAUUCAUACAACCAUUAUAGCUACCCGGGUACUACCUUGCCAAAUCAUCAUGUACCACAAGAUACAUCGCCCUCGUUUUUGGAAAGGAAAAGAAUACACGAACCGGGGUUCGAAGCUGGGCACUUCGUGUCCAAAGCAACAAACAAUUUCUCGCACCGAACGCCUUAUUUUCACGAAACCCCGAAUUACAACGUAAACCAUCACCAGCCACCCAUGCGAGGAGUUUCAAGUCCUCGGAGUGUGGACUCCCAGGAGCAGGUGUUUCAAAACAAUCCAAGUGUGCCAGGAAUUUCGGAAGCGGAGGAAAAGUUUAAUCAAUCAUUGAGUGGAAACAGUUUCUAUGGCGACCAUGACGAAAACGCCAGAGACUCCGACACGGAUACUCCGUCGGUACAAAAUGGCGACGGCGGACGAGUGAAGGGCAAAAAGACUAGGAAACCACGCACAAUAUACACGAGCUACCAACUCCAGCAGCUCGUUCGAAGGUUUCAAAGAACUCAGUAUCUUGCUCUACCAGAAAGAGCAGAACUAGCUGCUUCACUUGGAGUAACUCAAACCCAGAUCAAAAUAUGGUUUCAAAACCGACGUUCGAAGUAUAAGAAGCUUUUAAAGCAGCAACUUUUACAUAAGCAUCAUGGUGCGGCUGAUAUCAUGUCAAUGGGCUUUGGGUUCGGCGGACAGCAGAUCGACGAGCAAUCAGGACCAUACAUGACGUCGCCUUACUCGGAACAAUAUACACCCGAGAGCCAGGGGUGGGAUAAUGAAAUGACAAGAAGUAGGAAUGACCCAUAUCAUCAGCGUCAGCAACCGCUGGUGGAUCAAAACCAGUACCCGGUGAAUAUUAAGGAGUCUGGAGAGUUACCUGACUGCCGUAUGGCGGUCCCACAGCUGCAUUGGGAAGCCCAGUACCCAAUGAAUCCUAACCACGCGAGUCCUUAUUCGAACAUACCUGCUACACCACACAUGGGGAUCCCACUUAACGGGAGAAACCUACCAGGUGUAGUGGAUUCGCACCAUACUGACCCGGGCACAGCGGGCAUGCGAAGAGACGGUAUUUUGCAAUGGGGCAGUCCAUAGAUAACGUGUUGCCGCUCUUUUGUAUGAAAAAACUUCUCAGUCAAAUGUACGAAUAUGUUGAAUGUUAUUGUUACUAUUUCAAAUAUUGGAAUUUUCCUUCAUAUGCGCACGUGAAGUUGCGGAUUGAUAUAUCGUGAUGACGUAAUACAACUAAACCACGAACCUGA